GUGACUGGUGUGGUAAAUGUCAGUUUUCCACCGGCUGCUCCGUGGCUGUAGUAGAAAGCGCGGGAAAGUCUGUAAAUCCUGUUGCGCUCGAGUUGUCCUGGAACUACAACUCCCAGCAGUCUGUGUGGAAAUGUUUGGAAACCACCUCUGUGCUUUACAAGCAGUGGAUGGAAUGGCGGGUCCAUCAAGAUUGACGCUUGAUAUGUUUUCUGUUUUCAUGUGCAAAGAUUGUAAGACUAUCUUGGCAGAAGGGCGCGAUGCAUGUGAAUGUAAUGAUAUGAUGGAUGUAAUAGCAUGCAUAUCGGCUACUAAAGAAGUAGAAGUGGAAGAAACAAUGCGAUAUGAUUUAAGUCCUGAUCUGCAAGGCUGUGUAUAUAGUCACCUGAAAUGCAAAGGUUGCGCAGCUAAUGUUGGCAUGAUUCUGACUUGUGCAGUUUCAGAAGUCGCACACCUAAGAAGAUUGUUUUGUUUCUUUAAAAAUUCCAUCCUGUGCUAUUCCACGAAAACCAAACAAUUGCUUGAAGGGAACCAGUUUGACUUUAAUAUUGUUCAUUGUGUAAUACAGGUUGAAGAACUGCAGGACGAGAUUGUUGAAAUAAGUACACGUGUACAUAAGAUGGCUGACUUAGUAAGGCACCACGUACCAUCAUCUCUUCCUGAAGACUGAUAAAAGAAAAGUCUGAAAAGCAUUUACGUAAAUCUGGUGUUAUGUCUAAAGAAUUUUAUUUUCUGCUAUGUUUGCUUUUGUGUUGCUUUUGUAUACAUUCUCUUUAUUAGCUAAAUGGACUUCCUUAACCCCUUAAGGACCACGGGUUUUCGCAUUUUUGCACUUAAAGCAGUAGUCCGAAGCUAACCUUUUAUAGGGGAAUUGUAGCAUGAGGCAAAGUUAUAUAACAUUCUAAUGUACUCACGUUUUCCAUAUGGUCUUCUACCCGGUCUUCUCCUCGCUUUUCUCUCCGUCCGGAAGCCGGGUCUUCUGAUGACACUCGACAUGUAUUUCUUCUUGAUCCGCCACCAUCUUCGCCCGGUGACUCAUCACUCCCAUGAGUCACUGAGGGCUGUGCCGGCCUCCCAGCCCGGAGUCGGCUACUCCCCCAAAGUUAAUUUAUUCUGCGCAUGCGCAGUACUACGCAAAUAGCGUAGGGCUAACGCUAGGCUCCUAUCGCUGCCUACGUUAGCCCUACGCUAUUUGCGUAGUGCUGCGCCACGCUAGUGCAGUGUUUCCCAACCAGGGUGCCUACGCUAUUUGCGUAGUGCUGUGCUGCACCACGCUAGUGCAGUGUUUCCCAACCAGGGUGCCUACGCUAUUUGCGUAGUGCUGUGCCGCGCUAGUGCAGUGUUUCCCAACCAGGGUGCCUACGCUAUUUGCGUAGUGCUGUGCUCUGCCACACUAGCGC